AUGCCAGGUAAGAACUGUGCAUGUGUGCGAGUUACGUGUAUUCUGUGAUGUAAUAUGCGGAUGCCGGAUUUCUCUUGCGAACGUUCUUAAACUCCUAUCCUGAGCCUCCGUAGCCGAUGAUUCGCAAUUUACUCGGACAAAUAAACCGACUGUCUUCAACAAUGUCAGCGUUACCUUAUUUCGCCCAGGGUGAAGUUGUGAAAGGAUUUGGUAGAGGAAGCAAAGAAUUGGGAAUUCCAACUGCCAAUUAUCCUGAUGAUGUUGUAAAGCAUCUACCCUCAGAGUUGACCACUGGUGUGUACUGUGGCUGGGCUUCUGUAGACCACGGUGAUGUUCAUAAGAUGGUACUAAGUCUAGGCUGGAACCCGUACUACCAAAACACCAAGAAAUCAAUGGAGACCCAUAUUAUGCAUCAGUUCAAGGACGAUUUCUACGGCUCUAACCUCAGUAUUGUCAUAUUAGCAUUUAUACGACCGGAGAAAAGCUUUACUUCAUUAGAUGAGUUAAUAAGAGCUAUUAAGACUGACAUCGCCGAGGCAGACAUGCUCUUGGACCGGCCUGAGAAUAAGAUCUUCCAACAGGAUAACUUCUUCAAUGUGGACUCCAGGUUAUGAUGAUGUAGCUUAUUUAAAGUUUUAUUAGGUAGUCCGUUUAAUAGAAAUAUCUCAAGGUAUUCUUAGGUAAAUGCUGGCCAAGGAAUUCUAACUCAGGAUCGGGUCUUUAGCCCAACUCUUGAUCAAUGUGCUCUAACUUUGGUCGUCAUGAAGUUAGCUGGUGGAGUCGUAUUUGUUGUCAGUUGUCACAUCAGCUGAAAGGUCCCUAGUUUGUGGUGUUGUUACUACAAGAGAAGAAAAUUCUUUGGAUAUUUCACAGGUCAGCAGGAAGUUAGGUUUUCAGACAUGAUCAUGCAUCCUUUAUCUCAGCUUGUAACAUUUGCCCAGAAUGUCUUGACCAGUGUUGUUAGCACUGUAUGGUGUUCUGUAACCUGUGUCCAUUACAUAGCAGCAUUAUGAUAUGGAACCUUGGCGGUGUUGCACCGUUGAUGACUGAUACCAUGCUAUGCAUUAUUUAUUGCCAUUCCAUUAUGAUGACAACUUAACAAGUAUUAGAGCUAAUGGUCACAGCGUUUUAUUGGUUCACACUUUAAACCGAUAUUGGAUUUCGGUCAUGAAUUUCACACGAUAGUAUGUAAACUAUGGAGUUCAACCUUCGUGGAAGGUUCAGGAUGGUGUUGAUGAAAUGUGUUAUGAAAUAAUCAUUUUUCUUAACUUUUUAAAUUCAUCUUAAUUUUUCUGAAAGAUAAGGACUUACAGUUUUUAUGUAUCCAUCAUAGCAUUUAUAAGAUCGAAAUAUAUUGGAGGAUGAAGUUGAUUUAGUAAAAACGAGUUGCUGUAUUUUUUUGUUCAUUUUCUUGGCAAUGUGUUAACUCAUACUAAUUU